CUCAUCCACAAAUUUGGAUCAGCUGUCAAACGUCAACAAGCUCCUCAAAAACUUAUUACAAAACGUCAGAAUCUGACAUCGCUUGGAUGCGUUCAUUGUUGAUAUUUCUUUCGUUAUUUCCCGGCUAAGUACUAUGUGAAGAAGGUGGAUAACAUGUUAGAUCGAUGUCCAGGAUUAUAUUGCGGAAGAAUUGCGUUAGGAAAUGAUACAUGGAGUGACUGUGGAGCGUGCCCCCGUGGCUUUCGUGUCAAUGAGAGUUCAGCCUGUAUUCCGUGUUCCGAGUCGCCAUCCCUCUACGACUGGUAUUACCUAGGGUUCAUGGCGAUCCUGCCGCUGAUAAUGCACUGGUUCUUCAUUGAUAUGGCAGCAAAGGCAACAUCGUUCACAAAGGAGCAAAUUAUCCUUCACACAAGCGCUUUGCUUGAGGUGUCUAUCUCAGCAGUGAUUUCACUCCUUAUUGCGGAGCCAAUGCUUUCCUUUACCCUCCAUUCAUGUGGUGUGGUUCGCCUAUCAGAUUGGUACACUUUAUUCCACAAUCCGUCUCCGAAUUAUGAGGACACGCUCUAUUGCACCCAAGAAGCUGUUUAUCCGCUGCAAACAAUUGUUUUAAUAUUUUAUUUAUUCUGUUUGUUGUUUAUGAUGAUCAUUCGUCCGCCGUUAAACAAGCGGUACAUGGCAAAGGGCAAAUCGGCUGUUUAUUGUGCGCUGUACUUCUUCCCGGUGUUAACGGUUCUGCAUGCAGUAGCGGGAGGUUUGAUUUAUUACGCGUUUCCAUACCUGAGCAUUGUCAUUUCUAUGGUGUCGAACGCCUGCCACUUUUCACUGAAGCUCAAGCAGACAAUGGACGUUUUGUUGAAAACAUCGAUUACCGAACUCAAAAAUUUAGUGAUAAUUGCUGGGCACUGGCUGCUAUUGGCGUACGGAAUAAUUUCUCUCCGACAGCAUUUGGGACUUUUAGCACUUGUACCUUUUCCUUCGAUAUUUUAUAUUUUGACGGUCCAUUUUACGGAUCCCGAAGAAUUUCGUGAAAGAGAAGAACGUAGUAAUUAAGAAAAUAAAGCUUAGUUUAAUUUAUCACAUGUA